UGUGUGUGUGUGUGUGUGUGUAUUUCCCUGACGUGCCUAACACUUUAAACACAGCUCUAGGAUCAGUUUCCUGACACUAACUGCGCUAAAAAACCGCUGGUCCUGUUUUUCCUCCUGUUUUACUGCUCCGUGUUUCUGUCUACAGGAAUCAUGUCUGCUCCCUCCGCAGAAGGUCCCGGCGCUUCAGGUGUGGCAGCUGGUAACCGAAGACUGCAGCAGACCCAGGCUCAGGUCGACGAGGUGGUGGACAUCAUGAGGGUGAACGUGGACAAAGUCCUGGAGAGAGACCAGAAGCUGACCGAGCUGGACGACCGGGCGGACGCUCUUCAAGCCGGAGCCUCUCAGUUCGAGACCAAUGCUGCAAAACUAAAGCGGAAGUACUGGUGGAAGAACUGCAAGAUGUGGGCCAUUUUGAUCGCCGUGCUCAUCAUCCUCAUCGUCAUCAUCAUCAUUUGGAGUAAAUCCUAAACAGCAGGAGAGGUGGAACGGCCUGACGCUCGUGAUGGGAGACGUGUAUGGAUCUGACGUUCCAGCUGACACCAUGAAGGCAGAGAGCACGUUCCUCCUGAUGUGAAGCUGUUCUAACCUGCUGAGUGUCAAAUUUUGUAAAAAGAAAAUAAAUUGUUUUUUUUUGUUUUUUGUUUUUUUUGAUGUUUUGGUUUUAAUAUGUGAUCUGAAUGUGCAAAUGCGUUCUGCUUUCUGUUUCAUUUCACAUGCACUCCUUUUUCAUACUUUCACUAGUUGUACUUAUUUCAGAGUUAAUCGGUCACAGGUGAAGAAGCCAAGAGAGUCUUCGAGGAGCAGUUUGUCAUUUUUAAAGCUUUAAUUCUUAUUUAAUUGGUUUUGUUUUUUUUUUUCUUAUGGCAGUGGGUUUGCAGACAUCCCACUGAUGAUGGUUAGCAUGUAAACUGUAUAUAUUACAGGGUCUAGAAACCGUUUAAAGAUGAUAAGCUGCACCUCGUAAACUCCACGAGCUCCAACGAUCGCACCGUGUCUACCUGAAGGGGUUCCGUGUUGAACUUGCCUGACCAAAUAGAGAGACAGAGAGCUCUGUGUCUCUAAAACAUGAUAUAAAAUGUAGAUUCUUUUUUUUUUUUAGUUACUCGGUGCUUUAACACUUUAGUGCCAUAAGGAUCUUGGAAGCCUCCUAUGACUCGAAGACCUUUGAACAAAUACACCUGAGUGCCAUUAAUCAACACAGCCAGCAUGAUUAAAAUUCUCUCUCUCUCUCUCUCUCUCUCUCUCUCUCUCUGUCUCUGUGUCUCUCUCUCUCUCUCUCUCUCUCUCUGUGUCUCUCUCUCUCACUUUCUCUGUCUCUCGCUCUCUCUAUCUCUCGCUCUCUCUCACUGUGUCUCUCUCUCUCUCUCUGUCUCUCGCACUCUCUCACUGUCUGUCUCUCGCUCUCUCUAUUUCUCUAUCCCUGUCUGUCUCUCUCUGUCUAUCUAUCUCUCUCACUCUCUCUGUCUCUUGCUAUCUCUCUCUCUCGCUCACACAAUUUCUCUCUCACUCUCUCCCACUCUCUCUCUCACUCUGUCACUCGCAUUUUCUAUCUCUCUCUCUGUCUCUCACUCACUCUCUCUCUCUCUCUCUCUGACUCUCGCUCACAAUUUCUCUGUCUCUCACUCUCUCUCUCUCUCUCUCACUCUCACUCUCUCUCUCUCUCUCUCUCUCUCUCUCUCUCUGACUCUCGCUCACAAUUUCUCUGUCUCUCUCUCUCUAUCUCUCGCUCACACAAUUUCUCUCUCUCUCUCUCUCUCUCUCUCUGACUCUCGCUCACAAUUUCUCUGUCUCUCUCUCUAUCUCUCGCUCACACAAUUUCUCUCUCUGUCUCUCAAUCUCUCACACUCACUCUCUCACUCGCUCUCGCUCUCUCUCUCUCUCCCCCAUAUAUUUAUAUAAACCGCAUGUAUGUAAAUGCCGUAUGAUUUGAUGAACAGAUUAACAUUAGAGUUUAUAUGUACUCGACCUGCACAGUUCUUCCACACUGAUUUUUAUGAUCUCCGUAAUUAUGAAUAAAUUUCUGCUACAUUUUUCCCUUUUUUCCUUCCUUUCUAACACCCAGCGGCAGCAGUGGCCUCUGGGUCUUCACACCAUGUCUGAUGACACCUAAACACGUGUGAUUGAUCUAGAUUUACAGUACUGUGCAAAAGACUUGGACAAUUGAGAAACGUGACUAACGUGAUUUUUUGCAAUUAAACGAGGAAAUAAAUCAGAGAGCUGAAAGAACUUGGGUUUGUUUCCCUAAACCUCUUCUCUAGACACAGUGUAGUCGUGUAUAUUUGUUACCACCAGCACAGAGAUCCUGAGGCUGAUCUCUCAUGGAUUUAAGUCCAGUAACGUGAACACGAUUUGGACCGACGCGAGCUGUUCUGUCGUAGCUGAGGUGUAAGGAAACAAAUGCUGUUCCUUCUCUAACGCGGCUUCAUGUGUGGGUUAAAUAAGGGCUCCGUAAAUGCCGUAAAACACACACAAGAACGCACAUUUAUUUCAUUAUUAAAUCAGUCUUUCUGUUUAUGAUGUAACAAUUAACGGGAAGACGUUUGCACAGUGCUGCUUUAUGAAUGUAAACCGUGAUGUUGAACACACGUCUAUGUAACGCCAACAAACCUGAUGUGCUUUUGGAAAUUGCGAUUGCUAAUAAAUAAAUAAAUAAAUCUGGAUUGAAUAACCUCA